AUGGGUUCGUACGGUGACCCCGACCUCCAAGAUUGGCUCGAGUCCUGUCGAUAUCACCACACAGACUUUUCUGUGCCUCUUCUCGCAUCUGCUGUCGCGGCCAGUAACCUGAAGAUCGUUGUUGUAAUUCCUGCCCGCGAGGUUGCAGACACCAUCGCGGGCAUUAUCCUAGAGACAAUCAACCCCUUGAAAUUGGCGGGCAUCGUCUCUUCUAUCAUCGCCAUCGACAACAAAUCCGCCGACAACACAGGUGCUGUGGCAGCCGCUCAUGGCGCCUCUGUCCUCCAGCGAGCGGAAAUCGCCUCAGAGCUAGGCCCUUCACAGGGAAAAGGCGAUGCCAUGUGGCGCGCUUUGCAAGUCACAGAUGGCGAUAUCGUGGCAUUCCUGGAUGGAGACACGGCGGAUCCAAGUCCAGCACACUUGCUAGGUAUCCUAGGACCUUUAAUUAUGGAUGAGACUAUCCAGAUGGUUAGGGGCUGCUUCGACCGGCCUUUCAAACAACCCAAUGGCGAAUACCGCCCACACGAAGGCGGCCGCGUGAAUGAGCUUGUGGCGAGGCCGCUGCUGAAUAUCCACUUUCCCCAACUCGCAGGAUUUCGGCAGCCGCUGGCGGGGGAAUUCGCAGCACGCCGAUCGUUGCUGGUGAAGCUGCACUUUCCAGUUGGGUACGGAGUGGAGAUUGGUACGCUGAUUGAUACAUGGCGGAUGGUGGGUCUGGAGGGCUUGGCGGAGGUAGACUUGGGGACGAGACAGAACAACCAUAAGCCACUCAGAGAAUUGGGGAUGUUAGCCUUCGCCGUGACCAGUACGCUUGAGAGGAGAUUAGAACGCGGGAGUGGGUGUGAUGGUAAGAUGUGGUUACCUUGGUUAAGCGGAUACAAGGAUGUUCCAAGCCUAGAGAGGCUACCGGUGACGGAAUACUUGAGGCAUUCGAACAGGAUGACUCCUUCCCUUGACGCUAUACGCGACUGGCCACACCCGUCUUUCGUCAACGUCGAAGCUGUCAAGAAUUUCCGUGACAUUGGCGGCUAUCCUGUCUCAUGCGGUGUUUCUGUACGCCGCAAGUUGGUGUAUCGGAGUGGAUAUUUAGAUGAUUUGACUGAAGAAGGUCAAUUACAGAUUCAGAAAUUGGGCAUCAAGAAGAUAUUCGAUCUGCGGAGCUUCUUAGAAGUCGGCCGGUCGAAGAGAGAAGACGGUCAGUACGAAUGCUGGUUAAGAUCGUCCGAUGGACCAGAGCGGAUCUUGGUUCCUGUUUUCCGCGACGAGGACUUUGCUCCAGAAGCUCUGGCAGUACGAUUCAAGGACUAUGCCAGCAAAGGCACCGAGGGAUUUGAGAAGGCCUAUCGUUCUACCCUUCUCCACUCUGGACCGGCCAUCAAAGCAAUCCUUCGUCAUCUUAGCAGCGCCUCUCCCACGCCCAUCCUCAUCAAUUGCACGGCGGGCAAAGAUCGCACCGGUGUCCUUAUCAUGAUUAUUCUGUUACUGGCGGGCUGCUCCGCUGAGGUAGUGGCCGAAGAGUACCAUUUGAGCGAGCAAGGAUUGGGGCCAGCUUGGAAGGCCGAAGCUGUCGGUCGGUUGUUGAGACAUCCAGUCUUCAAAGGAUCUGAUAGCAAUGGUAUUAGCAGGAUGGUGGGUGCCAGAGAAGAGGUUAUGAGGGCCGUAGUAAUGAUGGUGGAAAGACAGUGGGGUGGGGUGGAGGGUUUCUUGCGCGGUGUGAUUGGGGUAGACGAGGAUACAAUCGAUAUCAAAGCCAUAGGGAAUAACGGUUAUGUUAUCACUGCUGUCCGACCAUUCACAUCAAAGAUGUUAGAUGAUCUAAUCGAACUUUCCAACUUGUACGCCGCGGAGAAUCGUGAAAUGAGAAAAAGAGGCCAAGAUAUAUCCUACGGAGAAUCCGAAACCAGUCGGCGCCAGGAAAUGAGAACAGGUGCAGAAGAACCCCCGUAUCCCGAACGGUUUCCAUCCCAACCCACAUAUGCGGUGCCCCCUCCACAGCCUGCAUACUCGACUGGGGCUGGAUCUGCCGCAUAUCCAGGAUCUGUGUAUCCGUCAGGAUCGAGCUAUCAACCAGGCCCAAGCUAUCCAGCAACCUCAGGGUACUUAACCCCAGGACAUCUUGCUUCUAUCAGGCCUAGCACCAAUGAUUCAAAUUAUACCUACGGAGAUGAGUAUACCAAUCCGGGCCCUUCGUACAGGCAAGCAACCACAUACCCAGGUACAGGAGGAUACAGGGACCCCAGAGAAGAACCCAGGGCGUACUCCAGAGCAGAUCCUAGGGACACCAGGAUGGAUCCCAGGGAUCCUAGGUUGGAUCCGCGAGACCCAAGAUUGGAUCCGAGAGACCUCAGGAUGGAUCCUAGAGAUCCCAGGAUGGACCCUAGAGACCCCAGAUUAGAUACACGCCCGGAUCCCAGAACCAUACCUAGCUAUCCUUCCUACGGCGUGAGCUCGCCUGGGGAUGUGUCAAUGCAUGGAGCUGUCGAUGAUCCUAGAGCCUAUGAUUACGUUUCCACAAUACCACCCCUUCAGUCUGGUAGAGGUGGGUCUUUUACUCCUUCCGGAGUUGUGCCACGUGGAUACGACCCGCGUGAUUCCCCUCAAAUGAGAGAUGGCUACAGGACCGAGCCCAUCCGGGAGGAACGUCGUUCUCGAAGAUAG